AUGAUUACUAAACAUUUUAUAAUCGGUACUUUAUGUCUUAUUUUGAUUAUUAUUGGACUUGAAAGAACUAUUUAUUGGUUUCUAUUUUUUUCAACAUUUAUUUUUGGUUUCCUUAUUCAUCUUAUUAUUAAUAAACAAAUAUGGUCGAAAUCAUAUUCAAUUUAUAAUCAAAUUAAAACAUCUUUUAUUAAAUCAAAAUUAGUUACUCAUAUCACUGAUAAUGAAUUUAAUUCAUCAUCACGUGUGAAAUCAUCAAAACCAGUCAAUGAUCGUAUACCAUUAACAGGUAUAACAGAUAUUGACGAACCACUUUAUGAAUUAAUUGAUUUAUUUGUUCGUGAUUAUAUUGAAAUAUGGUAUAAAACUCAAAUAAGUUCCGAUGAAUUAUUUAUUAAAGAUGUCAAAAAUGGAAUUUAUAUAACAAUUCGUCAUUUAUCAGAAAGAUUACGUGAAAUUGAUUGGUUAGAUUUUUGUACAGGAACAAUUGUUGAUAGUUUUGCAACACAUGUUCGAUUAUAUCGAAAAGCUAAAGAACGUAUGCGUAUGGAACAUUCAACAGAUAUACGUUCAUGUUUUUUUGAUUUGGAAGCUGAAUAUGAACGAGGAAUUUGUCGUGAUGAUGUUUGCAUGGAUAAAGAUAAAGAAAAAGAAUUUCUUCGAGAUAUUAUUGAAUCUCUUCUUUAUAUACUCUUACCUGCAAAUGAAUUUCGUUGUAUUCCUGCUCGAAUACUUAUUCGAGAAAUUGCAGUUAAUUUAGGUUUAAUACCUUUUAUUGAUAUGUAUUCAGAUCCAGAUGCAAUUAAUCAAUUAAUUAUAAAAAUGUGUCAACAAAUUCCAUUAACAAUCGAAAAUUUUCUUCUUGUCGUUCGAACAACAGAUUCAAAAAUUGAAUUAACAACAUUAAAUGACAGACUUGAUAUGGAAAUAAAUCGAUGGCGAUCAAAAGAUACAGGAGGAGAAAAUGAUGCUGAAAUUCGUGCAACAUUGAAUAGUUAUCAAUAUUUAAAAAAAUUACUGAAUGAAAAAUUAGAAAUACAUGCUCGAUUAGAACCAAUGAUAUAUGAUGAUGAUGAUAUAUUACCAAAAGCAUCUUAUCGAGAAUUACCAUUGACAGAAAUAUUAAAUAAUUGUAAUGGUUUGGAUUAUUUUUUGAAAUUUCUUCAAUCAGUUGAUGCUGUUGGUUAUGGAAAUUUUUAUUUGAAUGCAGAAGCAUUUCGAUGUGCUGGUAUUACAGCAUUUCAACAAAAUGCAAGUUUAACUGAUGAACAACGACAAACGAAUCAAGAAAUAUUACGAAAUAUGGCUAAUGAUCUUAUUGAACAAUAUUUUCUUCCAACAGGAAACUUUAAAUUACCAAUUGAUGAAAAUCUAAUAAAUAAAACUUUAAAAGUUUUACAAACUGAAACAAUCGAUGAAACAUUAUUGGAUGAACUUCAAACAAAAGUUUUUGAAAUACUUUCAUCUGAUAAAUAUUAUGUACAAUUUAAAACAACACCUCAAUAUUUACGAAUUUUAAGUGAAAUUGAAUUUAAUGAUUCCUUAACUGAUAAUUCAGAUGGUGUAUCUUUAUCAAGUAAUAAUAGUAAUGAAAUAUUAAACGAUAUAAUAACUGAAACACAACAGUCAAGUCCUGGAACAAGUACAGGUAGUACAACUGCAAUGGUGCCUGAUGUACUUGAUAAUAUUGAAAAUUAUAUAAUUACAACUGAAAUUAAUGAAUCUGGUGUAUGUACUGACAACGGUACUAAAUAUGCAAUUUAUGUGAUAUCUGUAUCUUGUAAACCAUUACAUUUCAAUAAUGAUGAACAAAAACGUGAAUGGAUAACGUAUCGUCGUUAUAGUGAAUUUAAUGAUCUGCAUAUGACAAUAAAAAAACGUUUUCCUGCAUUAAAAGAUUUGAUUUAUUUACCAAAUAAAAGUUUUAUUAAUAAUACAAGUCCGGAUGUACGUUUAAAACGACAAAAAGAAUUAAAUGAUUAUUUAAUAACUUUAUCAAAACCUAAAGUUCUUCAUAAUAAUCCUGGUCUGGGUGAACUUUUAUUGAAAUUUUUACGAAAUCAACAAUGGAAACAUGAACAAACAGAAUUAACUCGAAAGGUCGAUACACUUGUUAAUCCAUUUAAACAAGCUUCAAUUGGUAUUGCUAAAAGUGUAUCAAAAAUAGGUGGUGGAUUAACAAUUGUAUCAGAUAGUGUUGUUGAAAAUGCUGGAAAAAUUUUUCGAACAAAUACAAAUAAUAAUAAUAAUCGAAUAAAUGUUAAUUUAAGUAAAGAUACACAAACAUUUUCUCUUGUUGAAGAAACUCAAGCUGAAAAUUCAAAAAAUAUUCCACUUCGUGUACUACUUGUUAUCAUGGAUGAAGUAUUUGAUCUUAAACAAAAAAAUAUGUGGUUUCGUUCGAGAUUUGUAUCAAUUUUAAAACGAUUUUUAAGAGCAUUUAUGGGUGAUUCUGUUAAUCGACGAAUUGCAACAUUUGUUCAACAUUGGACAUCAGCAAAAAAAAUUGCAAAAGAAAUUUCACGAUUUAUAGAUGGUUUUUGGCCAAAUGGUAUUUUAGCUGAUAAACCAUCUGAACGUGAUCAAGAUGUUCGUAAUGUUACUCAAGUAUUAUGCAAAGCAAAAUUACUCGGGAUCGUUUCAGACGAACUUCGUCAUAUAAUUGGUAGUGAAACAACUCGUCGUGGUUUAUUACGUUUAUUUGAAUUAUUACAAAAUGAAACACUUAAUCGUCGAUUUGUAUAUAUUGUUAUGGAAGCUCUUUUGAUAAAAUUAUUUCGACCAAAUGAUUUACAAUUAAUAUUUGAAAAACUUUAUUCUCAAUCAGAACGUGUUAAAGAUGAAUAUCGAAGACGAAUAUUUGAUCAAGAACAAUAUCAUAAUGGUAUUGUGAAGAAUCAACCACAUUAUGGAGAAUUAAAUCAACGUCCUUAUUAUUUAAGUCGUUUAUCAACACGAACUGAUGAUAAUAUAGGUUUAAAUAGAUCGAAUAGUAUUCAACAACAACAAAAAGCUCUACCAAGAAGUUUAUCUAACGCAUUAAAGUAA